AUGAAAAAUUAAUUAUCCUCAGAGAUGAGCGACAACAACUUCACGUAUCGUUUGCCCGAUGAUGAAUCCAUACUAGAUUUAGACAAUGAUUUGGAUCAUGAAGAUGAGUAUCAAAAUGACAACGAAUAAGAUGAAAUCAGUCAUUCAAAAAGUGUAAGCUCGUCGAAGAUUAAUGCUAAUCAAAAAUCUCCGUAAUAAAUGAGAAAGUCUUUGAUAAUGAACAAAUUAAGCGAAAGAGAAUUCAAUGCUGGCCAAAGCAGGCAACAAAUGCAGCCUAACAAGAUAUCUUAGAGUAAUUAAUAGAUUUACACCAAUAGGAAAUCUAUGAUUUCUGAUAACUACUCCCAAUCUUUUGAUUCAGCUAUUGAAGACCAAACUUAAUAAUUCAUUGAAAGUAAUUUGAGCUCAGCUAGAAAGUAGCUUAAUCAAAUUGAAAGUGAGAUUAUCUUAAAUGACAUAAAUAAAUAGCAGCUCAUAGAUGAUGAGAGACUAGUCACCAAUAAUGAACCUAUUAUUACACAGAGAUCAUAAAUAAAUCAUGAAAAUAAAAUUGAAAACAACAAAAAUAAUUACAUUAGCUAAGGCCAACUUAACAAUAGAAAUGGAGUUUUGAAUACUUAUUAGACAAUUAAAACUCAGAGUAUCAUUAUGAUGGACGAUGGCAUCAAUGAGAUUGAGUCAACUUAACUCAGAUAAGAAUCAGUAGGGAAUAUUACCUCAGGUGCCUCUCCACACAAGCAUUCAAUUAAGAUCAAAUCUCAUAAGAAAAGAUAGAGACCACCUACAGCUAAUGAGUUCAAAAGAAUCAACUAGCUUUAAUGCACGAAUGACGCCUCUCACAGUGAUAUUUCAACUAGAAUGAUUAAUUAGAAUGAUCUAAAUGUGAGUAAUAUCCAAUCUCAGUAGCACUUGCCCAGACAUUCUGGUCCAUAAUUGAUCCAGUCCACUAAAGGAUUAGGUGCAGGAGGCUAAAUAGUCUAGAACAUAGGAAGUCUAAGCUAGGCAAACAUAUACCAAUAAAACAUGAACUAAUUAUCACAAAUUAACUAAAAAACUGUACUAAGGAAUGACUAGAACGGGACUAGUCCACAUAUCACUUCAUAAAAAUCUCAAUUCACCACAGCUAAUAAUAAUGGUCAGGUCAAGAGUAGAAUGAGUCUUCAAAAAAAGCAGAAUAUUGCAGUGGCACCUUAGGAAGAUUUAUUCGAUAAACUAUUUGAAACCAUAAGGGAGAAUAUAUAGACGGAGGACAGGAAUAAAGCAGUAAACCUAGGUAGUUAUCUAAUAUUAGUAAUAUUUAUUAUAGAACAGUUUUUGUACAAUCAAGAAAAGUCAGAUCACAUGAAGAAUAUGAAAAUAGAGCUUGAAAAAUAGCAUUAAUAAAAGAAAAUAUUUGAAAACACAUUAAAUCUACUUCAGGAUAAAGCUGAAAUUGAGAUUCAUCUCCUUAAUAAAACUUAGGAAUACAAAUUGCAACACUAAGGUGCAUGGUUUAUAGUCCAAAACUGGCUAUUUUCUACUAUCUUAGAUCAAGAAAAAUGCAUGCGUUACGCUUUGCUUAAAUCUCUGAAGUAAUUAGAGUUUGUGAAGCAGUAAAAGCAAGCUUAUUAGGAAUCUAAAAUUUUAAAGUCAUUGGAGACUCUAAUUAGCUUCAAAAACUUUUAAUACCUAAAAAUUGCCUCAUCCUCAAAGCCAAAGUAGGUCAAAUCUGAUAUGAUAAACUACCUUAAGGAAAAGCUUGGAUAGCAAAGCUUGCAGAUAGAAUAAAUCGCUGUCAUGAGAGCGAAGCCCUACCUUAAACAGUCUAAUUUAUCCUAUAAAUACGAGAUUCAUUCCAAAUCAUAGAGACUACUUAGUUUACAUAGUUUGACAUAGGAUUUAGGCAGAAUUAUUUAGAGUACUGAGGAGCUUUUUCACAUAAACCCAAUAAAGAUUUAAGCCAAGCUAAGCAAGUUAGAUUUGGAGUAGAUAGUUAUUUAAGAUGGCUGUGUACAGGUAUUUUAGGAUCCAGAGUGCUGCUCUCGAGAUAUGAGAGUAUUUAUCUGCUGUAAAGAUGCUGUAGGUGUGGACAAUUUCUUAAGUGAAAAAUCCUAAACCAAAUCAGGAGUUAAUUUGCAUCACAAAUUGGCUCAUGAUGCUAAACCUUUCGCUGAAUUUGUAUCUUAGUAGUAAUUGAAUGAAUAGUCCUCGUAAGAUAACAUCUAUAAGAUUAAAACAAACGAAACUCAGAUUAAAAAGAUAAAAGGCACAAAUUAAGUGAAAAUAUAAAAAGACCUUAAUACUUUUGCUCUCUUGAAUGAGUGCAAAAUUUAAGAUCUGCUGAAAAGCAAGGUCUUCAAUAAAGUCCUAGAAGUUAAAAAUAAUGAUAAGACUGUCUAGUAGGAUAAUCUUAUUUCUCAGUUUUACAUUAUAGAAGAGAACUCUCAAUUUAGCAUUGAAGAAAAUAAGCCAAUAAACCAAAUAGUUACAAAGGAUCGUAAAGUCAAACAAAUAAGGAGACUCAAUGACUUCGAAGUGUUACUGUUAAUACUCAAAUUAGUAAAAACUUAAACUGCAGCUCAAAAUGUGGAAAUAAAAUUUCAACAGGACGUGUUGAAAAAGAUCCAUGCUUUGAAAACUUUGAAAUAAGACCGAGCGAAAGAAAUGACUACCAGCAUUAACGCAUUUGAUGAUCAAACACAUUACAUUUUGAUUAAUAAAUUGGAAACCCAAUCAGGCAAUCUACUCAAGUAACAUUACUUAAAAGUGACCAUUGCAGAUCUAAAUGCUACUAUAAUGAGGUAAAAUAGUUUAUGCAUCGGUCCUGCUAACUAAGCUAACCUUGGAAAUCUUUAGGUACAUCAAUGUAACUGGUCUAAUUGCCUCUAAGUUCUGGACCCAACCCUCUACCCUAUGCUAAAUGAUAUCCUUCAGAAAUAACUGCAUACCAUCUAGUAAACACCCUAGAUUUCAAAUCAACCAUCUCAAAAUAUCCCUCAUUAGCAGUCCACAAGAAAAAGGCCUCAAUCUGGAAAUAAAAAUCAUAAGGAAUAGGCAAUUAUUAGAAAACUUACUAGGCUAAAUAUUAUGCUAGAACUUGAGGUAAAAGAUUCAAUAUACCUGAGAUUCAUGAAGAAAUUUAAGUUAAACAAAGAGAAAUCAAGCAAGACUCUUCUCCCUUAAGCUACGUUAAACAAUAAUAAUAAUAGUACUAAUAUCUCACUUUAAUAAGCUAGUCAGAAUGUGAUACCUAGUAUAUCAACUGCGUUUACUAAUUCAAUACCAUCAAUAGUAACUUAGCAGGAAUUUAGAUCUUACCAGGGAACAUAAAGAAAGGAUUUGAGUAAUGUAUUGGCUAAUAGUUAAUUGAUACUAUGCAAUUACCAUCGUGAUUUGGAAUUAUUUAUUGCAAACAAGUUCAAUGUGAGACUCUAACCUCAGUAAGGAUAGGCAUGUAUUAAAUCUUAUAGGUCUAUAAUUUGUAAUAACUUUACAAAAGCUUUAAAGAACUUUGAAAGUUGGAAAGAUGAGAUAAAGAACUCCCUUUCCUUUGAUAUAUUAGUUGAUACAGGCAAGGGAAAUUACCUAAAAGAGAACAUUCAUAAGAUAUUCAAUUUCAGCAUUAAUCAGAGCAGUCGUAGCUCAAGCUAUCCCAAUAUAUACAGUUUGCUAGAAAUUCUUCAGCAGUAGCCACCAUAGAUCAAUAUCAUUGAAAGUUUCUAUGUUUGGAUCGAUAGAUAUAUCAAUAGCAAAAAGUAAGCAUUUGCAAUAUAUUACAAACGAUAUAGGUUAUUCUUUGUAAAAAACCCACAUUUUCAAGAGGCAAACAUUCAUUUCAUACAAUAAUUAUCCAAUCUAAACCAGAAUCUAAGAUAGACAUUUGAAAACGAGCAGUACAUUGUGAACGAGAUCAAGAAAUGGAUUAGCUCUUAAGACCUGCCUAAAUCUUACCUGAGAGACAUAUAUGGUUAAAUCUUGGAAGUAAUAAGAGUAAAGGAUGUGAUUUUCAAGUUCCAAUAGUUUUAGUUUAUAAUAGACAGAAUCAAUUCAUUUAAAGGACAACAAUCAAACUAAAUUUAACCAUAACAAACCAAUGCCAGCAAUGGGCAGAUUUUGGUAGCAGGUGUUGGAAGACCAAGUAUCAAUGCUCAGUUUAUGAGUUAAUUUAGCCAUGAGAGUCAAAAUUCAGGGGUUUUGCCUCGAAUAAACGAACAGGCACCGAAUUCAAUAAUUGGUGGAUAAGUCUAGGCCACUGGAUUAAACUUGAGCAAUCAAAGUAGAAUUAUCUAAAUGAGUGGAAUGCAACCAAAUAUCAUCAGACAUGAUUAUAAGCCUCAAGGCACAAGUAGUGUUGUUGAGAAGUUAACCAGUAUAUACGGAGUCAGCUAAGGUGGAAUUUCUGGGCUCGGCAAUAGUGUCAAGAAACCCACAUUUUAGCAAAAUGACUUUACUCAAGCAACAAUCAGAUAACUCAUAGAGUAAAAGAUCACAGGGACAUCAACAGCAGAAUAACUAUGUAAUUUCUAUAUUCUUAUCAUAUUAAUAGAUCUCAAGCAGACUAAUAAUCAAUCUAUUCAGCAAUAACAACAAUAGCAGCAGCAAAACUCUUUUAUGGCUAGGAAAUACUCAGCAGGGAAUAAAAAGGAUUUUAGCUUGCCGCCACCAACAACCCACGACAUUUCCUAGUUCCAUUAGUACAGUGCAAAGAAUGAGAUCCCUUAACUAAACCUUAUGACUGCUAAUACUGGUGAGUACAUAGUAAAUAGGGGCGAUGGCAUUACUGCCGUGAACUAUAAUAACUCACUUAAUAAUUCAAAUAACAUUAGCAAGGAGGUCAUUGGCCUACCUACUGGCUAUAUCAACACAAAUCUCACUAAGAACGUUGGGUUUAAUCCUAAUCAAAGCUUAUCUCAGACUAAGAAUCAAGGGACCAAUGGUAAAAUGAUACCACAGAACUAUCAAAGUUCGCCUAUGUCUAAGAGUUUAUAUAAGGCACCUUUCGCUUAAAUCGCAAUGGCUAGUGGUAAUUCAAACAAUAUCUAGGUCAAUCAUAAGCAAAGAGCUAGUAGUGCUUAUAAGUAGAGAUAAGAGCCACAGUCUCUGGAAGUUGCCUAGCAACAAUAGAAUAUGAGCUAUCAAUCGAAUACAGUAAUGAGGCCUAAUACAUCAACCUCUUAAUUUCAAGUCUAGUAAUAGCAGUCAGUCCCUAUUAGUUCAGCUCAAUAUCAGCCUAACCCAGUUCUAACUGGCCCAUAUUACAAUAACACCAGCAAUGUCCUAAGUUCAGACCAUAUCAAUGCUCAAUACAACAUUGUUCCCAUAAUGAAUACUCAGCAUAUGGUUUCUAACAAUCUUGCCAGCCAAACAAUGUAUGCAGGGGGUACAAAUCAAAACUUUUUAAACAGAAAGGCAGAAGCAGGUAUCACUGGAAUGGGAGGGUUCUAGUAGCCUCCACCGAAAUUCCCUGUUAACAACCAAUAUACUCUCUAGCAGUAGCAGCUUUAGUAGAUUUAUAAUACCAAGAUUAACAAACCUUAAUUGAUGGCAGGACAACUUACAUAAACCUCUGGAUUCGGCCAUACCAUUACAAACUUCUCUUAGCCUAUUGGAUAGAAUCAAUCACAUUCUAAGUAGAGAUAGGAUAGACAGCAAGCUAUCGUAAUGACAUACUCUAAUGCAGUCCCUAGGAUAGGCAGUGCCCAUCCAAAUGAAAAGGAAAAGAAAAAACUGAGUGGGACUUUCUACGAGAAGCCUUAAAGAAAGACUAAGAAGCAAAGUAGCAACAACAGCGAUAGAAAAUAGAUUAAACUGAAUAACUUUGUUAAUCUCAAAUGA